AUGGAAGAUACAAGGUUGGAUGAGGUUGCGGGUGAAUUUGUAUUUACAACUGAUAGUAGUAUUUUUCUUUGUAUUUAUAGUACAGCCAAGUACAGCGUGUUGACAUUUCUACCUCGAUUCUUAUAUGAGCAGAUUAGAAGAGCUGCUAAUGCCUUCUUUCUCUUCAUUGCCUUAUUACAGCAAAUCCCAGAUGUAUCUCCAACAGGAAGAUAUACCACCCUGGUGCCAUUGAUCAUUAUUUUAACAAUUGCAGGCAUCAAAGAGAUUGUAGAAGACUUUAAGCGACAUAAGGCAGACAAUGCAGUUAACAAAAAGAAAACCAUAGUGUUAAGAAAUGGUAUGUGGCAUACCAUUAUGUGGAAAGAGGUGACAGUGGGAGACGUUGUGAAGGUCGUCAAUGGGCAGUAUCUUCCAGCAGACGUGGUCCUGCUAUCCUCCAGUGAACCUCAGGCAAUGUGUUAUGUUGAAACAGCUAAUCUGGAUGGGGAGACGAACCUUAAAAUACGUCAGGGUUUGAAUUGCACUGCUGAUAUGCAAACAAGGGAAAUAUUGAUGAAGUUAUCUGGAACUGUAGAAUGUGAAGGGCCCAACCGGCAUCUCUAUGACUUCACUGGAAACUUAAAUUUAGAUGGGAAAAGCUCUGUUUCCCUUGGGCCUGACCAGAUCUUAUUAAGAGGUACACAGCUUCGAAACACUCAGUGGGUCUUUGGCAUAGUUGUUUACACUGGACACGACACCAAGCUCAUGCAGAAUUCCACCAAAGCUCCUCUCAAGAGAUCGAAUGUUGAGAAAGUGACCAAUGUGCAGAUUCUGGUGUUGUUUGGCAUCCUGUUGGUCAUGGCCUUGGUGAGCUCAGCAGGGGCCCUGUACUGGAAUGGGUCUCAAGGUGGAAGAAACUGGUACAUCAAGAAGUUGGAGACAAGCUCAGAUAAUUUUGGAUAUAACUUGUUGACAUUCAUCAUCUUGUACAACAACCUUAUCCCCAUCAGUCUGCUGGUGACUCUUGAGGUUGUGAAAUAUACUCAAGCCCUUUUUAUAAACUGGGACACAGAUAUGUAUUAUAUCGAAAAUGACACUCCUGCUAUGGCCAGGACGUCAAACCUUAAUGAAGAGCUUGGUCAGGUUAAAUACCUGUUUUCUGACAAAACUGGAACUCUUACAUGCAAUAUUAUGAACUUCAAGAAAUGCAGCAUUGCUGGAGUAACCUAUGGCCGGAUGUCUUGUCCACCUAGUGAGUCGUGUGACUUUGAUGAUCCCAGGCUCUUAAAGAACAUGGAGGACCACCAUCCCACAGCUCAUUGCAUACAGGAGUUCCUCACCCUUCUGGCUGUGUGCCACACUGUUGUUCCCGAAAAGGAUGGAGACAACAUCAUCUACCAGGCCUCCUCCCCAGAUGAAGCUGCUUUGGUGAAAGGAGCUAAGAAACUGGGCUUCGUGUUCACAGGCAGGACACCGUACUCAGUCAUCAUAGAAGCCAUGGGACAGGAACAGACAUUUGGAAUCCUUAAUGUCCUGGAAUUUUCUAGUGACAGAAAGAGAAUGUCUGUAAUUGUUCGAACUCCUUCAGGACAACUCCGGCUCUAUUGUAAAGGGGCUGACAAUGUAAUUUUUAGUAGACUUUCGAAAGAUUCAAAAUACAUGGAGGAAACAUUAUGCCAUCUGGAAUAUUUUGCCACAGAAGGCUUGCGGACUCUCUGUUUGGCGUAUGCUGACCUCUCUGAGAGUGAUUAUGAGGAGUGGCUGAAAGUCUAUCAGGAAGCCAGCACUAUAUUGAAAGACAGAGCUCAGCGGCUGGAGGAGUGUUAUGAGAUCAUCGAGAAGAAUUUACUUUUACUUGGAGCCACAGCCAUAGAAGAUCGCCUUCAAGCAGGUGUUCCAGAAACCAUAGCAAAUCUGCUGAAGGCAGGAAUUAAAAUAUGGGUGCUGACAGGAGACAAACAAGAAACUGCAAUCAAUAUAGGAUAUUCCUGCCGGUUGGUAUCACAGAAUAUGGCCCUCAUCCUAUUGAAGGAGGAUUCUUUGGAUGCAACAAGGGCAGCCAUUACUCAGCACUGCACGGACCUUGGAAAUUCUUUGGGCAAGGAGAAUGACAUAGCCCUCAUCAUCGAUGGCCACACCCUCAAGUAUGCGCUCUCCUUUGAAGUCAGGAGGAGUUUCCUAGAUUUGGCGCUCUCUUGCAAAGCUGUCAUAUGCUGCAGAGUGUCUCCUCUGCAGAAGUCUGAGAUAGUAGACGUGGUCAAGAAGCGGGUAAAGGCCAUCACCCUCGCCAUCGGGGACGGUGCCAAUGAUGUUGGGAUGAUCCAGACAGCCCAUGUGGGUGUGGGGAUCAGUGGGAAUGAAGGCAUGCAGGCGACCAACAACUCGGAUUAUGCCAUUGCACAGUUUUCCUACUUAGAGAAGCUCCUGUUGGUUCAUGGUGCCUGGAGCUACAACCGGGUUACCAAGUGCAUACUGUACUGCUUCUACAAGAACGUGGUUCUCUACAUUAUUGAGCUUUGGUUCGCCUUUGUAAAUGGAUUUUCUGGGCAGAUUUUAUUUGAACGUUGGUGCAUCGGCUUGUACAAUGUGAUUUUCACCGCAUUACCACCUUUCACUCUGGGAAUCUUUGAGAGGUCUUGCACUCAGGAGAGCAUGCUCAGGUUUCCACAGCUCUACAAAAUUACCCAGAAUGCUGAAGGCUUCAACACAAAGGUUUUCUGGGGUCACUGCAUCAACGCCUUGGUCCACUCCCUCAUCCUCUUCUGGUUUCCCAUGAAGGCGCUGGAGCACGACACUGCGUUGGCCAACGGUCAUGCCACAGACUAUUUAUUUGUUGGAAAUAUUGUUUACACGUAUGUUGUUGUCACUGUUUGUCUGAAAGCUGGUUUGGAGACUACAGCUUGGACUAAAUUCAGUCACCUGGCUGUCUGGGGGAGCAUGCUGAUCUGGCUGGUGUUUUUUGGCAUCUACUCAACCAUCUGGCCCACCAUUCCUAUUGCUCCAGAUAUGCAAGGACAGGCAGCUAUGGUCCUGAGCUCCGCACACUUCUGGUUGGGAUUAUUUCUGGUUCCUACUGCAUGUUUGAUCGAAGAUGUGGCAUGGAGAGCGGUCAAGCACACCUGUCAUAAAACAUUGCUGGAGGAGGUGCAGGAGCUGGAAACGAAGAUGGGAAAAGCAAUGCUUCGGGACAGUAAUGGAAAGAGGAUGAAUGAGCGAGACCACUUGUUAAAGAGGCUCAGCAGGAAGACCCCCCCAACUCUCUUCCGAGGAGGUUCCCUCCAGCAGAGUGUCCCACAUGGGUACGCCUUCUCUCAAGAAGAGCAUGGAGCUGUUUCUCAGGAAGAAGUUGUUCGUGCUUAUGACACCACCAAAAAGAAAUCAAGGCAGAAAUAAGACUGGAAAAUGAGGAAGAACUCAGAGUCGCGUUUUCCUGAUUGAUCCUGGGAAAGAGGUGCAGUUUGUUGUACCCAGUGUUAACACAUCUUUGUCAGAAGAGACUGGUGUCAGCAGCCAAAACAUGAGAAAACACAUUUCUGUGGCCUUAGCCAACCGGUUUGUUAGUUACGUGUUCCUGCGCAAACCUGGAGUAUAUACCGCGGGGGAAGCCAUGCCUUCCUCCCAAUGUGUCUGCUGUGCUUGGCCUAACUUUUGUUUACGUUGUUAUGAAGCAUUCAGCUGUGCUCUGUGAGGUGUGAAAUUAAAAACAUUAUG